AUGGACUCCAGUUCAGUAACGGAAUCGUCCCGCGCGACUCAUGUUGACGUCGACUGCGAGUCUGCUAAGGCCUCUCCGAGAUCAGUAUCUCCUGGGAAGGCUUUCGAAUUCGAAGCGUACACUUCGACAUCGGCUACUAUACCUGAUCCGUGGUAUCGAAGGUUCAGUGGGGUGCUGGCGCUGAAGUAUCCUCGGCUGACUCGUUUAAUAUUGUACCUGAGAGGGCCUCGUCCGAAAGUGGACCUGCCAGGUGAGCUUGAUACGCCUUUGUGUUUUGUGGCUCCUAACAGUUUCCCGCCUACAGAACCAACUCCUUUUCUGACAUUGAGUCUGAACACUGGGCGAUACACACACAGCCUCGCUCUGGAACCCGUACUCGUUCAUGCUACACGUUCGUUCACCAAUCCUUGGUUAUUUGUCGUUUUGGCUAUCGGAUAUAUCAUUGGUUUUGCAUUCUUUUCCCGCGCCCAAUCUUUUUUGACACCAGCGGAAUCGUUCAUCGGCUGUACAGCAACUUAUUGGGCCGCCAACAAUGGUUGUGGGCUCAAUGGAGAAAACUGCAUGCCAUUCGACAAUUCGUCAUUUGAUUUCAGAUGUCCUGCUCAAUGUAGUUCAGUGGUGUUGCAGAAUCCGCGCACAGUUGGCGACGUCCAAGUGGAUUGGGCUCCCUUGAUUGUUGGAGGGGGAGAUGCAAACACGACAUAUCGAGGAGACACUUUUAUAUGUGCCGCUGCAAUACAAGCAGGGCUCAUCUCGAAUUCGAAGGGCGGUUGUGCAUCGCUUGCUCUUGUCGGGAAUUACACAGACUAUCUCCCAUUUACUGCGAAUGGGCUGACUUCCAUCGGAUUUCCGACUGUAUUUCCUUUAUCGUUCCGCUUUCUGCCUACCACGCCGCUACACUCCUGCGCCGAUCUCCGUACACCUGCGCUUGCCUGGAAUGUCAUUAUAACAGCGCUCAUCUUCCUCCUCCUGCGUCCGCAGCCAAUUGUGACCUUCUGGAGUCUGGUCUGCAUUGGUUUUUGGCAUGUUGCUUUAUUCUCUGAGCCAAUGGGGACGCCUCCACCGCUCGACGAAGCGUUUGCGGCCUUUCUCCCUGCGCUGUUCGUCACAUACGCGUUCUGGAGACUUGCAUUUAGAUUCACCCUACCAGCGUUCAGGAAUGCACCUAUAGAAGCCUCCGUUUGGUAUCUUCCCACGUUUUGGACGGGUGUUCUGACGAAUCUUACCAUGGACAAGAUCCCUAUCGAAAAACUUACUGCGGCAGACUUGAGCACGCAGCCAGGAGCCAUUACAGCGUUGAUCAUUAUAUUGGUUAUCCUACUUGCGAUUGUUCUCAAUCAAAUACGGGUAAUCCGUAAGACAGGAUGGUUACCCUACUACGCCUCGUGGUAUAUUUUCGGCGGACUCGUGGCUCUUGUACUAGCAUUGCUGCCUGAGCUUGAGUUCAGGCUGCACCACUAUAUACUUGCAAUGGUCCUCGUACCUGGUACGGGCUUCCCCACUCGUCUGUCAGCAAUCUACCAGGGAUUUUUGUUGGGGAUGUUCCUGAAUGGUGUAGCCGCAUGGGGUUUUGCGUCGAUAUUGCAGACUGCAGCCGAUCUUCAGGGAGAUGGUUCGUCCGGAUCAGCCAUGCCAUCGUUCGUUACAAAUUCUUCAACGUGGAAUUCGGUCAUACCAUUCAGUAAUCAGACAAUCAUCUGGAAUGCGCUGCCUGAUGCAAGCGAAGGCUGGGGUGGGUUCUCACUCAUCGUCGAUGAUGUUGAGCGGUACGUUGGGACUGCUCUUAACUAUUCAUUUGCGUCACUGGAGUCGGGAAUACCACAUUUCUUCCGUCUCGCGUACACUAGUGCUGACGGUAGCACAACGGGGGAUUACACUAUGCCUGCUGCUCUCUGGCCGAAUGGCACAUGGAUUGAUCCACUUCCAGGUACCUCUACAUGA